AUGCUACGGGAUCCACGAUACAAUUUUGAUCCAAGUCUUUUGCCACUUCCUGCAUCUUCAACCAAGGAAGCUACACAACGCAUUUAUAGAGAAUUGAGAAUAAUUGUACAUAAACAAGAUACACCUGCAAAUGAUUUAGGUUUUUUUGUAAAACUUGAUAAAUUACAAUCAGUUUAUCAAUGGGUUGUUCAAAUUAAAGAUUUUGAUCCCAGCAUUCCAUUAGCUCAAGAUAUGGCUAGACAUAAAGUAAAAUGUAUUGAUUUGGAAGUUCGAUUUGCUCCAGAUUAUCCAAAAUUACCACCACUUCUUAGAUUUAUGUAUGGUGGAGGUGGUCAUGUAACUGCAGGAGGUUCGGUUUGUAUGGACCUUUUAACUUUAGGUAAUUCUCAUGAACAAGGUUGGUCAGCUGAAUAUACAAUGGAAGCAGUUUUGUUGCAGGUUAAAUUAGCCUUAAGUUCUUUAGAUCCACCAGCACGACUUGAUAAAAAUUGGAAGAGUGAUUAUAGUCCUCGCGAGGCGAUGGAUGCAUAUAUCAGAGUAGCACGUCAACAUGGGUGGGGAAUUCCUCCACAUUGGGCUUCAAUGUUUAGAAAUUAA